AUGGGAGGUCUGGAGGUCUAUGAGCGGAGGCGCCCCGCGAAGAGCGUGAAGCUUGCUGUGGCUGAGCGUGGAAGGAGGGGGAAAAUGAAGGAGGGCGAAGUAGCAGUAGCUGGCGGGCAGAACGACGGGGAGGAGGAGGAGGAGGAGGAGGAGGAGGAGGAGGAGGAGGAGGAGGAGGAGGAGGAGAAGGAGGAGGAGGAGGAGGAGGAUUUGGAACAGGUCCUGGGCGAUGAUCAGGAGCUUGUGGGGGAGGAGGAGGAGGAGGAGGAGGAGGACAACCCUUUCUUUUCGGACGAUGGGGAUGUGGAGGAAGUGUUCCACAACGAUAGGCCUGUGCACUAG